AUGUCGACCAUGCCGUUGGAGCCCCCGGCCUAUCUCAGCUCCCUCCAGAACAAUAUUCGAGCUCGUCCGAUCCCCUGGGAGGGGGCCGUUCGCGCAGGUAACAUCACCGAUGAUCAUCUGAAGAAGAUCAAGGCGGUCGAUAAGGUCCGCAAGGAGCAGCGACGUCAGACGGUGGAGGGAGACCUUCCGAGCUAUGUUAGUCUGCUAGCUGGCAGCUCCGACGGCAAGAGUGUGCUGGACUUGGCGUCCAGGAGAACCGAUAUUGUACAAUAUAUUCUGGUGUUGGCAGCCGAUUUGAUCAAUGAUGUCCCGUCUUUAUCGUCCGCACUGGUGGCGCAUCCCAGCCCCUACAAGCCAUUCCUUCCCCUCUUGCGUCACUCCACAAACACCGAAGAUCCCAUCCCCCUCCUCACCUCUACAUUCUUAACCAACCUCGUAUCGAUCAGUCUCGUUUCCACGUCCAAAUCCACCCCGCGAGAUGAGGAAGCGCUCCCGCAACUUUUCACCUACCUUUCUAGCUUGACCCAGAACCAAGACAGCGGACUGCAGGAUAUCGGGGUUCAGGAACUGUCGGCGCUACUGCGCACGUCGCGAUCUCGGGAGAUUUUCUGGAAACAGAGGAAGGAGACGGUCGAUCCCCUGGUUGAGAUCCUACGUGCUGCUGCCGGAGCCAAAGACACCGGCUCCAGCACUCUGGCUGGUAGCUCCCGCAUCGAGCCCGGUCUCUCGGGUGGAGUUGGCCUUCAACUGCUAUACCGCGUCCUCCUGGUCCUGUGGCAGCUCAGCUUUGAGGGAAGUUUGAUCGGUGAUGAUCUUCAAGCGUGA